GGCUCUAUGUGCGCACACAGCAUCACUCACACAAAGCGUUGCGCGCUGCACUGAAACGGCUUAAAGUACAAUAAAAAAAACCUUUCAGUGCUCUUCGACUGAACGCACAACAACCCAUUCGGACUUUACUAUUGCAGGUUCAAGAAAACUGGAAGAAAAGAAAAUCUAAGAAAAAAAAUGAAAAGCACUACGCAUGGGUACAGUUCCAUACUUAUAUUUCUGUUCUCUUCCACCUGCUAGCCACAGGCACUGAUAGAACGGGAGCAGGAUGAGAUGGACGGUCUUGCUGUGGGAGUACCUGUUGGUGGAGGUCACGGCGUUGGUGUGCAGGGCGGAUGGUGAAGCAGAGCGGCGACUCGAGGGAUUCGUCGUGUUGACGGGCUCAAACGGCUCCGAAGAGAGCGGUGUGUCCGAGAAGCCGCACACGCAAGACGAGUGUCGCGGCUACUACGACGUGAUGGGUCAGUGGGACCCGCCGUUCGUGUGCCGCACGGGCACCUACCUGUACUGCUGCGGCACCUGUGGCUUCCGCUUCUGCUGCGCUUACAAGAGCUCGCGCCUGGAUCAAAGCUUGUGCACAAACUACAACACACCAGUGUGGCUCAAAGGCCAAACGCCGUACAAGAAGACGGAUCCGAGGCAUGAUCCGACAAAGGACAAAACCAACUUAAUCGUAUACGUCGUUUGUGGAGUAGUGGCCAUCAUGGCGCUCGUCGGGAUUUUUACCAAACUUGGAUUGGAAAAGGCGCAGAGACCUCACAGGGAAAACAUGACUCGAGCUGUAGCAAGUGUGUUGCAAGGUGCCUGUCAAGCUGAACAUGAAGAAACCAUCGGAAGACACGUACAGAACUAUGACAACAUGCAGGCGAGGGCAAACAAUAUGCAGGGAACCCAAAUGCACAACAUGAGCCAGGCCCAUCCCUACCCUGUCCUCAGCCAGCUGGCCCAUGUGUACGAGCAGCAGCAGCAGCAGCAUCAGCAGCAGCCUGGCAAAGAACUCAAUAAAUACGCCUCACUAAAAGCUGUUGCGUCAAAAGUGAACGGGGGCUUCUACAACAAGCAGCACUGCCACUUGACCGAGUUGGGAACAAAAGGCAGCCUACCCCUCCACGCAAUUAGGAUGGAGCAUGUUGAGCCCACUGCCUCAUAUGUCACAGAGAUUCCCAUCCCCAAGCAAAAUGAACAGAAACCUAUUCCCACCAAGCCUCAUGUGCCACAUCGUCAUAUGGCCUACAGCUCCAACACCAUAGCCAACCCAGGAAUGCUGAAGGCCUGGGAGGGCACAGAGACUAUGGGUCGGCGCAAGACCUAUGGCCCUAGGAAGCCCUGCAUGGUGGGUCAGUUGAAUGAGCUCCACACUGCCCGCAGUCACCACUACCUACCCACACAGCCAUACUUCAUAACCAACAGUAAGACAGAAGUGACUGUGUAAAGGAAUGACUUUGUUUCCAAGGGCUCAUCCGUCAUUGUGAGCCGGAGAAACAGAUCAUUAUCUUGACUGUACCCUUCACUCUGCCCCUUGUGGAAUGGAGGCAUAACUGCAGACGUGAGCCAGUCACACCAUGACCGGCCACUCAACCAGGCGGUCAGCAAACAAUGACAACAGCUGAACCAGGAGCAUUCCAUUGUUUUGUGAAACGUUCACUUUAAUUUAUAGCCAUGCCAAUGAUGAUAAGUUUAUGUUCAAUCAGUGAGAUAAUGUGUUGUUUUAAUUAAAUUAAUUGAGAAAAUAGUAAAAGUAAACAAAGCAAUAAAAUCAAUCUAAUAAAGAAAUUAAAUAAUUGGGAAUAAAUGUUUACUCCAAUAAUUAAAAGGAAAUGAGUGCAGUGGUGAACCCAAAGGUUCAAGGGCUAGCGUGGCAUUUUGGACACAGGGCCAGUAUUCCUAACAAUUCAAGAGCUGAUACACAUGAUGUCUUUUUAGCACAAUUAUUUCCCAUACCACUCACUGCUGAGACUAAGUUCAUACUUGGUGUAUCUAAAAAUAUUUAGUGGCAGAUGCCUUAUUUGAAGAUACUUGGAAAGACGCGAACUGUUACACCACGGAUUGGUACUUUAGGGCUGUACCUUUCAUUUUUAUUCUAACAGUCCUCACUGUGUCUAGAUUAACAAACUCAAACAGAUUCAUUCAUUUACUCUGUAACAAGCCCCCAGAAAUGUCACUCUUAAGAAAUGGUAUAAUCUCUUAGACAGAUAGCUGUAUUUGUUACGGAGUGCCAUGAGGUAGCAUGUGAACUGGAGACUGUAGAGUAAAAAGCACUGUUAACUAACAUGAUCGCUCUGCUACAAAUUGUGCCUGAUGGCGCUUUAGCUUUCAAACAAGUAUUUGAUCUCCCUUUCGUAGUUAAAAUGAUUUCUUAUGUGUUGUAUUGUAUUCUCUUGAAGGCAUUAAAGCUUGUUGUACAAUAUUUCUUCAUAACAAUAGAUGUAUGUGCAGCAAAGUUGCAACCACUGGGAUUUAGCACUUUUAUUUCAGUAGUGAGUAGUUUGGGGAAGCUUUUUUUUUUAUUCCGCACAGACCAUCUGGUGAAAUUGAUUUUUAAAGUAUAUAUAUUUAUACUUUUGCCAGUAUAUGUAUGCAAAUGAUACAGUUAAUUGUGCCAAGAAUUAGCUUGUUAAAGUUGUGUUUAAUUUGAACUAUUUGUCUUUUUCAUUCACUUGUACAUUCCAACUGAGAAA